CCGACCGACAAAGCCAUGGCUCACCACCAUAGCCAAGCGAACAGCACAGUUCGAACCGUGGGCUACAGUUAAUUGAGUGCUUUUCAUGGUGGUUGUGGGCUGGCCAUGCGGAGGAAUGAGAAAAACAAAAGGUCAGAAAACGACUGAUUGAGAUUGACCAAAGCCUCCAUCUUGAACCAGAAAGUGAAAAUUUGUGAAACGAUUUUACCAAGAAUCUUGAUUAGAGAGAGGCGGAGACUGGAGAGCGAUUGAAUGUGCAGAAUAGCCGCAGUGGAGUUUACAUCUUUUGAGAUUUCAGAAGAUUUUUCUUAGUUUCUACUUCUACCGUCGCUGUUCGUGCCUAGUAACAUCUCGUUCUGCUGACUGAUCUCGUGAUUGAAAUGGGUAUAUACCUCAGCAAUCCCAAAACUGAAAAAUCCUCUGAAGAUGGUGGGAAUGGAAGGCUUAGAUAUGGACUAUCAUCCAUGCAAGGAUGGCGUGCCACAAUGGAAGAUGCUCAUGCUGCAUUUCCUGAUCUGGAUGCUUGCACUUCAUUCUUUGGUGUUUAUGACGGCCAUGGAGGUAAGGUGGUUGCAAAGUUCUGUGCCAAGUACCUACAUCAGCAAAUGAAGAAAAAUGAAGCUUAUGCAGCUGGAGAUAUAGGAACUUCUGUGCAGAAAGCAUUCCUCAGAAUGGAUGAAAUGAUGCGUGGACAAAGAGGUUGGAGAGAAUUAGCUGUUUUGGGUGAUAGAUUAAACAAGUUCACUGGCAUGAUAGAAGGGUUAAUCUGGUCCCCAAGAAGCAGUGAUGCAAAUGACCAGGCUGAUGAUUGGGCUUUUGAAGAGGGUCCGCACUCUGAUUUUACUGGCCCGACUUCAGGAUGUACAGCUUGUGUUGCAAUUAUUAGAAAUAAUCAACUUGUCGUUGCUAAUGCUGGUGAUUCUCGUUGUGUGAUAUCAAGAAAGGGUCAGGCUCAUAAUCUCUCCAGAGAUCACAAGCCCGACCUUGAGGCGGAGAGGGAAAGAAUUCUGAAGGCUGGUGGUUUUAUUCAUGCUGGACGAGUCAAUGGUAGCUUGAACCUUGCCAGAGCUAUUGGUGACAUGGAAUUUAAGCAGAACAAAUUUUUACCUGCUGAAAAGCAAAUUAUCACUGCAAAUCCUGAUGUAACCACUGUCGAGCUUUCCGAUGAUGACGAGUUUAUGGUUAUAGCCUGUGAUGGGAUAUGGGAUUGUAUGUCCAACCAGCAACUGGUAGAUUUUAUACAUGAACAGCUAGAAUCAGAAAGUAAACUCUCUGUGAUUUGUGAGAGAGUACUUGAUAGGUGUUUGGCACCUUCCACAGCUGGUGGUGAGGGAUGUGAUAACAUGACCAUGAUCUUGGUGCAGUUCAAGAAAGGCAUCCAUUCGAACACCUCUGCUGAUGAGCAAACUUCACCCCCCGCUGCCACCACCCCCACCGAACCAGACAGUGCUGAAUCGAAGCAAGGCGAUUAAUCGAACCAGUGACUUUGAUUAACCCCUCACUUAUGCCUUCUUCUUUCUGAGGAAGUUCACAUGCUUCUGCCCAUUUGCUGUAAAAUAUGGAUCAUGGGAUUUGUAACCAUAGAUGUUUUAGUUGAGAUUCAACAGAUCAGAUUACCAAAAUGUUCCUUUUUUCUCCGUUCUGGUGUUCUUUUUUUUUUAACCUUUGAAUGUAAAAUGACUUCAGCUACCCUAAAUCUGUACAGUUUUCUGUAGAACCAGCUAGUUCUCUWAGAAUCUUGAACAUAAAGCUUCCAUUCGAAUGAA